CUCACAUCCGGUUUGCACCGGACCGGAGAGCGCGGAGGCAGCCAUGGUGCGGUUCAAGCACAGGUACCUGCUCUGCGAACUGGUGUCUGACGACCCCCGCUGCCGCCUAAGCCUCGAUGACCGAGUUCUGAGCAGCCUCGUACGGGACACGAUCGCCAGGGUGCACGGAACUUUCGGCGCAGCCGCCUGCUCCAUCGGCUUCGCGGUUCGAUACCUCAAUGCCUAUACUGGAAUAGUGCUACUUCGAUGCAGAAAAGAAUUCUAUCAGCUUGUGUGGUCAGCUCUUCCCUUCAUCACAUACUUGGAGAACAAAGGACACCGUUACCCGUGCUUUUUCAACACGUUACAUGUGGGAGUCUGUAAGGUCGAGACUUUUCACAAGCUGUUGACCACAGUAACUCAUGUGCCAGGUACAAUAAGAACAUGUCAGAAGUUCCUAAUUCAGUACAACAGGAGACAGCUGUUGAUCUUGUUGCAGAACUGCACUGAUGAAGGAGAGCGGGAAGCUAUCCAGAAGUCUGUGACAAGAAGCUGCUUACUAGAGGAGGAGGAGGAGUCAGGUGAGGAGGCUGCAGAAGCAAUGGAGUGAACCUCUGCUCCCCACACAGCUGGCUACACUGCUCAGGCUUCAGGCCCACUUGUUGAACAGAACAAUCUGGGUAGCAACAGCAUCUUCCACAGUUUUCCAAACUGGAUAGCUGCCAACCAGCGGACAUUACCCACUUGAAAUGGAGUACUCAGUUAAACUGAAGUUGCCUUUACCUAGCAUUCCCUGGUGAAGUGUUGCAGGUUGUGAACUCUGUAGACAUCUUUAUUGCUUGGCUAAGAGUAGAUUUAAUAAAUGUAUCUGGUUUCUGUGGCA